UUUUGAAAUUUUUUAAAAUAACAAAAAAGAAACAAAAAUACUAAAAUUCGUUCCCUUACCACUUCGUUUUCGUCGAUGCCUCGUUACAAAGACGAAUCACCGGCGGUUCGCGUCUACACCGUCUGCGAUGAAUCAAGAUAUUUGAUUGUGAGGAACGUUCCAGCAUUAGGCUGUGGCAAUGAUUUGAUGCAACUUUUUUCAACUUACGGAGAAGUUGAAGAGUGUAAGCCAAUGGAUGCAGAAGACUGUGAGCAAUUCACCGAUGUUUAUUGGAUCAAAUUCCAUCUUUUCAGCAAUGCCAGGUUUGCCAAAAGAAAAUUAGAUGAGUUUGUUUUCCUUGGAAACCGACUACAGGUUUCGUAUGCUCCCCAUUUUGAGAGUUUGUCUGAUACAAAGGAUAAGUUGGAGGGAAGACGAAAGGAGGUUUUAGCUCGAUUGAACCCUAGAAGACCCAAAGAUACUAUAGCCUCAAGCUCCAGGCCCUUAAUCACCUCAAACACUAGUUGCCAAUCAGAACAUUUAGAUCCUAAUCAAAGUAGUCAAGAAUUUGAAGUAAGGUCAAACAACAGUAAUCUUCCAAAAAGAACGGUUUCCUCAAACGAGGAUUAUUUUUCCUCCCAUUCAAUGAAUCAAACAGUGAGGGUUGUCAGGGAUAAGCUUGAUAAGAUUCAAUCCAGUGGUGAGCAUCUACAAGCUGGAUCAACAUCAAAAAAAGCACGAGUUGAUAAUAGGAGGAGGAUUUAAUUGUAAACUUAGAAAGUUUUAUGUAAUUGCGAUGUCCUCUUAGUGUGUUUGAGAGGUUUCAGGAAAGAAAGGGAGGAAAUGGGGAAGCUUACGGUUAGCCUCUUCCUCAUUUGAGAGUUAGUUUUAUAUUAACUGGAAAGACAUUGGGGAAAUUCAUACAAAAAACUCGUUAUAUGUAUUUUUUGAGUUCCCCCAAAUUGUGGGAUUUAAAAGAAAAUUUAAGUAAACUAUUUAUUACUCAUUUACCCUUUGCAAAUUUGAAAAAUGACACUACUAAUAUCAGAACUCUACACUGUCGGAUUGCUCUCUCUCUCUCUCUCUGAAGCUCUCUUCAGUUUCGUCUUCCGGAUCAAGAUCAAUCUCCUAUUCAGAUUUCAUCCAAUAAAUGUCAUAAGGUUGUGUGCUUGGAUUUGAAUUGAUAUAAGUUUCUUGCCUUUUGCACAGAGAUGAAAGUGUAUUAUCAAUUCCAUUGAAGGGUAUGUGCCUCUUGCAUUUACCUAGAGUUAGAUAAUUAAUUCCUUGUUGGUUUGUGUGCUGUUUGAAAUUUGCCAUUUUUGAAAUUUGUAAUUGUAAAUGGAAUUGCACUACAAGUGUUUUAGUUAUCUAUGCAAUCAUUGUCUUCUUGUUAGAUGCUUGUGGUUGAGUUCUAUUUUCUAUUUUGUGGAAAAUAGUUUUGUCUUUGUAAAAUGGGACAAAAAUUGUGUCUGUGUUACAUCAAUUUAUAUAUCAAAGGUUUAGUUGAGUUGCCUCUACUCAUUUUGCGCUGGUACUGACUUGGUCUUUGGCUUUUAGUGAAUAUUCAUAACUUAGUAUUGGAGUUAUCUUUUUAUUUGAAUUUUGGGAUCGAUGAAAGCAUGAUUCUUUGGUCUAUCUUGUCGGGAAUCGUAUUAUAGAAUUAAAAAGUUGGGAAUUGGGGACAUUUAUCAAAUUGUUGAAGGAAGAAGUUCGCGAGGUUUAUUUAUAAUUACUUGAUUUUGAUUUAAAUAUGCUGAUUUGAUUUCCAUGUGAUUGUGUUAUGUGAUAGAUGCUUGUGCAAAUGGAGAGGUACUUGUAAGCUGAGUUGUCUGAUUCUAAUUUUAUUGGUAAAAAUAUGUAAAGACUUGUUGAAUAUGUUAAAAUGAAUUUUGGUUGUAUCAUUUAUAAUAAUAGAAGCUUUUCUAUGUAAUGGAUCCUAUGGUGGCUGUGAGAAGUUUCAAAACUCUAUACCAUGGUGGCAGUGGGUUGUAGUAGCACCACUCGGUGCUGUGCCUGUGACCACAUUGGUUUCCCUUUAAAUCAACCAUGUAAUGGAAGUAUUGAUCAACACAGUGACAACUCUGGGCCAUUCCACAUAGUAAACAGAUGCAGAGAUAGCUGUUAGAUAACAAUCAGGGAGGAUUUGAUACUUCGUAAUUGUAGUUUGUAGUUAUGUGUCGAAUCAUGGUCGUUCCAAAAAAAAAGAAGUUAGGGUUUGAACUUUGAAUUAGUUAAUGCUAAGAAAUGAAUUACACUUACGAUAUUUGCAACAGUAGACCUCCUGCUGUUGUGUUCAUUUAUUCA